AUGAUUAACAAAUCAAUUAUGCUUCUGAGCUGAGUGGUUCUUCACACCACAUUUAUAAAUGGAAAAACAACAUGUAAAUGGCAAUUUGUGAAAGAAUGACAUAUACAGCCAUUAUCAUAUGUAGUGAAUUGGACACUAACAGAAAACAUCUGCAUGGACUUCUAUGGAGAUUGCUGGUUUGGGGAUGUAAAUACUAAAAUGAGUACUUCAGGCAAUCAAGUUUUUCCCCAGAUUUGCCCUUUGCAAAUUCAAUUGGGAGACAUCCUUGUAAUUUCUUCUGAACCAUCUCUUCAUUCUCCAGAAAUAAAUUUGAUGAAUGUUUCUGAAGCAUCAUUCAUUGACUGUCUGCAAAACACCACAACUGAAGAUCAGUUACUUUUUGGUUGCAAACUAAAAGGAAUGCAUAUUGUUAAUUCUCAGUGGCUGAGUGUUGGGACGCAUUAUUUUAUCACAGUAAAAGCAAGUGGUCCAUUGUUUUGUCACCUGGGGCUACAACCAAAUGUGACAGUGAAAGAACAGUUCUGCCAGGAAUUUCUGAGUUCAGAAUUUUGCUCUGGGCAUGGCAAAUGUCUUACUGAAGUUUGGAGCAAGGCAUACAGCUGCCAUAGCCAGCCUCCAUUUUCUGGAAAAUAUUGCCAAGAACUUGAUGCAUGUUCUUAUAAGCCCUGUGGAAAUAAUGGCAUUUGGAUUAAUAAGAGAGGAAAUUGGAAUAAGCAAGGAUAUGAAUGUAUCUGUCACCGACCAUUUACAGGUAAAAAUUGUUCAGGAAUUAUUGGCCAGUGUCAACCACAUAUCUGUUUCCAUAGGAAUUGUGGCAAUAUUACUAUAAAUAAUGUCAUCUGUGAAUGCGGUGAGCCAUUUUCAGGUGCAUUGUGUGAGGAGUCAAUGGGAUGUUAUAUUUCUCAGUCUUGUUGGAAAGGGAAAAUUUGCCAAAAUAAAAGCUCUGCUUACAUUUGUGAAUGCCCAAAAGGAUUUUUUGAUGAAAACUGUGAAACCGAUGUGAAUGAACGUUCAUCAACACCAUGUCAGAAUGAUGCAGACUGCAUUCAUAUACCAAAUGGUGCUGUGUAUAUCUGUUCACCAGUAUUUACAGGCAAGCUUUGUAAGAGACAAUUUCAAACACCAUGUGAGUCAUUUCCUUGCAAGAAUAAUACCAUUAUGAAAUAUGAGAAAGAUUAUCAUUGCAGUUGUCUCCUUUCUGAUUUACUGGAAAAAAACUGUGAGAAAGUAAUUGACCACUGUAGACUGCUCAGCAUCAGCUGUCUGAAUGAAGGAUGGUGUUUCAAUGUAAGUGGAAGAUUCAGAUAUGUAUGCACUUUAGAGUGCACGAGAUACUGGUGUUGUCUUAUGAAGAAUGUUUGCUUAUUUCAUCUGUACCCCUGCUACUGUGGAACCAUCAGCUAUGAUAUUUGCCAAGAUGAAGUCCAUCCUCUUCCUCAAUUUAAAUAUCUGUGGCAACUGGGAUUUAAAGGAUCUGAAGAUGGAAAUUAUGAAGUGGCUAUUGAUGCCUACUUCUUUCUCUCUGCCUGUACUGAAGGCGCAGUCUAUGUGAACACAUCUCAAGACCUUCAUUAUGUACGUUGGUUCCUAUGUGAAGGAAUAGUAGAGAUGUGUGCAAUUGAAUGCAGUUGUUUGACUAAGGAAGACAAUAAGGGAUAUUGGCAUCUAUGUAUUCCAUCUUGGCAUUAUACCCCUCGAUGCAGCUGUUCUCUUGUUUACAUGGACCCAUUCUAUAUUGUCAGUGUUUAGGAUUGCUUAAGAAACCAGAGUACAUCAGUGCAUGGCCUCUGCUUGGUCCAUUUGUACAACUGCAACUGUAGCUGUCUGCAAAGAUAUGAAAGAAACAUCUGUAAAAUAGAAAUUGAAGAUUCUAACUCUGUGUCCUGCAAAAAUGGAACAACAGCGAUCCACUUAGACGAUCUGCAACAAUUAUACGUAUCAGUCAAGCCUACAGAUGAACAACAAAAAAGAAAUGCAGAUUUGUGUGCUUCACAUCCAUGCAAGAAUGGAGCUACCUGCAUUGACCAACCUGGUAAUUACUUCUGCCAUUGUGUGGCUCCAUUUAAAGUGGUUAACGGCUUCUCCUGCUUAUGCAAUCCGGGUUUUGCUGGCCUGAGAUGUGAACAGGACAUUGAUGAUGGUAUCCUGAAUGCCUGUGAGCACAAUUCUACCUGCAAAGAUCUUCAUCUCAGCUACCGGUGUGUGUGCUUAGCUGGUUGGAAAGGAAGUUUUUGUGAACAGGAAUCCAAUGACUGGAAAAUGAAUCCUUGUAAGAACAAUUCCACCUGUAUUGACCUCUACAAUAGCUAUCGAUUUGUGUGUAAUUGUGAACCAGGGUACCAUGGAGCUUUGUGUGAAUUGGAUAUGAGUGAAUGUGAAAUCUCACCUUGUCUAGAUAGAGAAGAUUGUGUCAGCAGAACUGGUGGAUACAACUGCCUCUGUACUCCUGGUUAUACAGGCAUUGAUUGUGAAGUAAAUAUAGGUGAAUGUCUAUCAGAACCCUGUCUCCAUGAUGGAACUUGUAUUGAUGGCAUCAAUCAUUAUGCCUGUGACUGCAAGAGUGGAUUUUUCGGAACACACUGUGAAGCAAAUACAAAUGAUUGUCUCUCAAAUCCUUGUCUGCAUGGAAGAUGUGUAGAUCUCGUUAGUGAGUAUCAAUGUUCACGUGUUGCAGAAUGUACUAGCUCAAGAUGUGAGAUCAUAUUAAUGGAAAACUGCACAUCAGUUCCUUGCAUUAAUGAAGACUUCUGUCAGAAAUCAGUCUGCGGCUUUACUUGCAUUUGCCCAAGUGGAUACACUGGUGCAUAUUAUGAAGUAAAUAUUGACAGUCGUGCUGAGCCUGAACAGAAUUUGGUCCCCUGUCUUAAUGGAGGGAUUUGUGUUGAUGGGCCUGGACACAUGUUUUACUGCAGUACGGUCAAUGGUAAUCCUCCAGAUGAUGUCUGCUCCAUCAGACAGUCCAAAGUGAGGGCAAUGAUGGAGUGCAGCCUUGGAUGGUCAGAUCAUCACUGUGAGAAUGAACUAGAGGAGUGCAUUUCCAACUUAUGCGUUCAUGGAACAUGCACGGAAGAUAAACCUGGCUUUGGCUCAACAUGUUUAUGCACAUCUGGAUUUGUGACCUGCUCCACUGGGCUUUUUUGUGGUGAUGAAAUAGGGAGCAUUACUCGUUUACCUCCCACCUCUCAAAGAACCGAUGUCAUUUCUACGCAAACAUGUACAGUACCUGCUUCUGACACUUCGAUCAGCAGCUUUCCAUCAGCAAGGGCUACCAGGCUAUGGACCAUAAUGACUACUUACCCAGUUGAUCCAGAAUUGAUUAUUUGGGGUGCAGAUAGUUUUCCUUUGAAACAGAUCCAGGGGCAGAUUCUGGUUGGAGUUCAUAUUUUUAGCAUACAGGCCAUGUAUGUGCCUGCUGCUCUGGCCCCGCCCACAAGCUACGUGGCGGCGUCCGUGAUGGUGGCCCCCGCUCCGGUAAAUCCUGCGUGCUGGGGGGCCCUCGCCCGCCCUGACCCCCUCCCAAAUUCUAAAGCCUCGAGUGAGGAGAGCCUGCUGAAGUCCCUGCAGCCCAGGCCCGGUCCGGUAUGUUGUGCUUGUUAUUAUGGAGAAUCCUAUCUAGAAUUCCAGAAUGUGUUAUUAAAUCCACAAAAUAACAUAGCACUAGAAUUUCAGACCUUACACUCCUAUGGACUCCUGCUCUAUCUCAAGCAAGACUCAUAAUCAAUAGAUGGAUUUUUUAUUCAAUUAUGUAUUGAAAAUGCUACUUUAAAGUACUACUUUUUCUGCGGUGGUGAAGCAAAAUUGAGAAGCAUUAACAAUACUAUUAAAGUAGAUGAUGGACAGAAGUAUACACUGCUCCUCAGGCAAGAAUUUGAUCCAUGUAGAGCUGAAAUGACUAUUCUAGGGAGGACCAUAAAAGCAAGUGAAUCUAUCAAUCACGUAUCCGGAAAACCCUUGCCAGAAUUGGGACCUGUCUUUAUUGGUGGAUUUCCAUAUCUUCAUGGUGCAAGCCAGAAUACACAGCCCGUUAGCAAAGGUUUUCUUGCAAACAUCAAGAAUUGUAGCGAUAGCCUUGGUGGCCAGUAUUUACUAUCAUUUUAUCUUUACAAUCCCAGGAUUCUACUCUUGUCUACAGUGUCCUCUGUUUCUCCUUCUGGUGUAACAGAAGGGGUUGGCUCCCUGUGGACUUCCCUCAGCUCCUCUCUUGAAGCACCAUCCACGUGCCAGGAGGAUGUAUGUCACAAUGGAGCCACUUGCCAUCCUGUCUUCCUCUCCGGUGGUACGUUCUCAUUCCACUGUGACUGUCCACUACAUUUUACUGGCCAUUUCUGUGAACAAGAUUCAGGUUUAUUUUUUCCAUCUUUCAAUGGGAAUUCCUAUCUAGAACUGCCUUUUCUUACAACCCUGGAUGAAUUGAAAUUUGCAGAGAAGGAACAUAACAGAACUAUUUCCAUCUACUUAACUAUAAAAACAAACACUUUGAAUGGAACUGGUCUCUACAGUAAUAAGAAGAAUAUUGGGCAACACCUUCUUCAUUUGUUUCUCGUGGAAGGAAGGCCCACAGUUAAAUAUGGAUGUGGAAGUUCUCAAAAGAACUUGACUCUUUCUGCUAAUUAUAGCAUUAACACAAAUGUAUUCAUUCCUGUCACAGUAUGCUACACAAUCCCUGUUGGCAGCCCUCGGGUUGCUUGCAUGAUUGAAAUGACUGCAGAUGGGAAACCUCCAAUACAGAAGGAGGACACAGAGAUAUCCCAUGUCUGUCAGGUACAUUUUGAAUACUUUGGCCACAUCCCAGCAAAUAGUAAGAUCCAUAAGAGUGCAGGUCACAUUUGUGGGUUCAAAGGCUGCAUUCAAGAGCUUCAAGUAAGCAGCAAAGAAUUUUUCAUCACUGAUGAAGCACUUCGUGAAAAGAACAUUGAAAGCUGCCAUGUCCCAUGGUGUGCUCGUCAUCUAUGCCACAACGAUGGUACCUGCAUCGGCGAUCAUGGAAACUGGUUUUGUGAGUGUCUGAGGCCGUACGCAGGCAAGACGUGCCAGUUUGCAACCUGUGAAAACAGCCCGUGUGGGAACGGUGCCACAUGUGUGCCGAAAUCCAGGACAGAUACCGUCUGCCUCUGCCCGUGUGGGGGGUCUGGACUCCUCUGCCCGGAUGCUCUUAAUAUCUCUCAGCCCAGGUUCAGUGGCAUAGACGCCUCCAGAUACGCUUCAUUCCUGGCGUAUUCACGGCUCCCAGACACCGGCUUCGGUUAUGAAUUCCACUUGAAGCUUCAGCUGGCAAAUAAUCACUCGGCACUGCAAAAUAACUUAAUAUUCUCCACUGGACAGAAGGGCCAUGGGUUGAACGGCGAUGACUUCCUGGCCGUGGGUCUGCGCAACGGCAAUGUGGUUUAUACUUACAACCUGGGAUCGGGCACAGCAAGUAUCAGCAGUGAUCCCCUCGAUCUGAGCCUUGCCAUCCACACGGUCCAUCUGGGGAGGUUCUUCCAGAUGGGCUGGCUGAAGGUAGAGAAUCAUAAAAAUAAAUCCAUCAUCUCCCCGGGAAGACUGGUUGGUCUCAAUGUCGUCAGUCAGUUUUAUGUAGGUGGCUACAGUGAAUGUACACCAGAUCUCUUACCCAACGGAGCCGAUUUUAAAAAUGGCUUUCAAGUUUUUCCUCACCUUCCGUUCUUAGCUGCCAAAACUCUGCAAAGCCAUUAUUUGAUGCCGCCUGUGGAAAAUGUGUUUGAACGACGUAAAUUCCAAAAGAAGUUCGUGCUUUCUGUUCCUUUAUUAAACUGUGACUGUCCCACUGCAUGGAAAGGAGAAUUCUGCACAGAGACCAUCUCCACCUGUGACCCUGCACACCACUGUAGCAAAGGAGCAGCUUGUGUUCCAGGGCCUCAUGGGUGCACCUGUUACUGUCCUCUGGAAACCACUGGAAUCUACUGUGAACAAGUUUUAUCUAUAAGUGAUCCACCUUUCAGAAGCCAUGAAUUAUCCUGGAUGUCUUUUGCUUCCUUCCAUAUUCGAAAAAAGACACAUAUUCAAUUGCAGUUUCGGCCUCUUUCUGCAGAUGGCAUCUGAUUUUAUGUUGUACAACACUUAAAAGGACAAUCAGGUGAUUUUUUAUGUAUCUCCUUAGUAAAUGGUUCUGUUCAACUUCGCUACAACCUUGGUGACAGAACUAUUCUAGAAACUCUCCAAAAAGUAAUGACUAAUGGAAGUACUUGGCAUGUGAUUAAAGCAGGAAGGGUUGGUGCAGAAGGCUGCCUGGAUCUGGAUGGGAUAAAUGUAACGGAAAAAGACAAUCUUAAAAUGAGCUCCCUGGACACAAAUACUGAAUUCUAUAUUGGAGGAGUGUCAUCCUUAAAUCUUGUAAAUCCUAUGUCAAGAGCAAAUGAACCUACAGGUUUUCAUGGUUGUGUCCGAGAAGUUAUUAUAAAUAAUCAAGAAUUACAAUUAACCGAAUUAGGAGGCCGCUCAAAUGUAGGUGGCUCAAAUGUAGGGACACCCUGUGGAUACGAUGUGUGCAGAAAUAGGGGUGAAUGUAGAGUAAAUGGCACAACUUUUUCUUGCACUUUGCCACGUUGGGCUGGAAAUACAUGUGACCAGUCUGUGUAUUGUUUGAAUAAUCUUUGUCUUUGCCGACUUCUAUGUAUACCUGAUGAGUCGUCAUCCUACAGUUGUUUAUGUGCUUUAGGUUGAGUGGGAAAGUACUGUGAAAACAAAACUUCACUUUCAGCUGCAAAAUUUAUGGGUAAUUCUUACAUUAAAUGCAUUGAUCCAGAUUACAAGAAAAGAAACCUUCAGUUCACGACUAUAUACUUAAAUUUCAGUACUACUGAGACAGGCGGCUUAAUUGUAUGGAUAGGAAAAGCUCAAAAUGCAGAAAAUGAUUUUCUGGCAAUUGGUCUCCAUAAUCAGUCCUUGAAAAUAGCAGUUAACUUAGGAGAAAGCCUUUCUGUGCCUAUGACCUAUAACAAUGGCACAUUCUGUCAUAAUAAAUGGCACCGUGUAAGAGAAAUUCAAAAUCAGACUCUUAUUAAGGCCUACCUAGAUGACAGUCUAAUUCUCUCUGAGGAUAUUGACCCAUACAAAAAAUUUGUUGCUCUAAACUAUGAUGGCAUUAGUUAUCUAGGGGGCUUUGAAUAUGCAAAAGUAAAUAAAGUGACUCGAGAGAUUUUUAAAAGAGAUUUUGUUGGCAAAAUUAAAAUGUAUUUUUUCAGGAUUCAAAAAAAUGAGCUAAUUAAAUCAGAGGGAUAUAAUGUUUUUAAUGGAGAUGAACAAAAUUAUACAAACUAGUACUUGUGAUUUUAAUUUACAAAAUAUAUGUGUAAAUAGUUAUUUCGGUAGUCAUUUCUUUGGCACAUUGUAGUCUAAAUGCUAACACACCUUUUUUUAUGAGUUUAUAAAAUAUAGC